AUCAGUUAUUAAUUCCCUAUUGUUAUUUAAAGUUGUAAACAAAUGACGUGUUCAUUCAUUCUAAUUCAAAUAGAAUUAUAUCAGACUAUUGUUAUUUAUUUUUAAUUGAAAUGGAGCCGAGUGAUUUGAAACAGUCUGAGGAUACUCAACGUGACAUUUUUGCCUCUUCAAAAAAUAUUACUGAAACUGUCAGCAGCCUAAAGCUCCAAGGAACCUCAGAGAGUCUCCCAACAAGUUCUUCCUCUGCAACAGGCAAUGUCAGAAACAAAGUGUCGCUGAAGCCAGGCCACUCUUUGAUGGACUGGAUUCGACUGGGCCAGUCGGGAAUCGAUCUGACCGGGGUGAAAGGCGUGUUGCAAGAGGUGACUCCUUCGCAGCUGGCGAGGCACAACAAGAGGAGCGAUGCUUGGCUGGCGAUAAGAGGGCGCGUGUACAACGUGACUCGCUACAUGGACUUCCAUCCCGGCGGGGCCGAGGAACUGAUGAAGGGAGUGGGGCGGGAUGCCACACAGUUGUUCAACCAGGUGCACGCUUGGGUGAACUUUGAGUCGCUGCUGCAGAAGUGCCAGGUCGGCCACCUUCGCAAGAGCGAGAGCAGUCGCCUGCCAGACCUCGGGUUGCUGCUCUUCAAGAGCAAGAAGAACAGCAAGGAGACACUGAACAACAAACCAAACUAUUCCUCAGACAACACCGCAUCGGCAGGUAAUCCUUCAGCGGAGAAGAGCAGUUCCGGGCGUGCUUCGGUGCCACUCGACUGGUUCCAGACGACGGACUCGUUGACGCUGGUGUACUACACCAGGUCGCCGUGUCCCUGGGUCGACGUGCAGUUGAAGGACUCCGCGGACCUGACUGUGUCCGUCGCCGCGGGGGAGGACCGUCUCCUGUCGCGCGUCCGGCUGGAGGGGGAGGUGUCAUGGCCGUGCGGGGUGGUCGCGAACGCCGACACGGGGAAGGUUGACGUGCGACUGCGGAAGAAGUGCGCGAGGCUGUGGCGGGGACUGGGGUCGGUGUGCACGGACGACAGCGCGCCGAGCGCGGCAGGGUUGUUCGCGGCGUGGCGAGUGGUGGAAGUGCUCCCGGUCACGCACGACACCAGACUGAUAGUGCUGCGCCACCCGGACAACGUGCACAGAGUGGUUCCCGUCGGGCAUCACGUACGGGUGCGUUCAAAUAUACAAGGCACGGAGGUGGUGCGCAGCUACACGCCGGUGCCGCCUUGCCUGCCGUGCCGCGCCCCGCCCCCUCCCGCCUGCUGGGCCGACGACUGCCUGUGCCUGAUGGUGAAGGAGUACAGCGGCGGGGCGCUGUCCCCCUGGCUGUGCGGCCGGGCGCCCGGGGACUCCCUGGAGCUGUCGGGCCCCGCGGGCUCCUUCAGCGCGUGCCUGCUGCGCGGCGCCGCGCAGCUGUGCCUGGUCGCCGCCGGCACGGGCGUCACGCCCAUGCUGGGACUCAUCGCCUGGGCCCUCCGCGCCAGGGGGAACAUGUGUCGGAGAAUCAAUCUGAUGUUCUUCAAUCGCACUCAGAAAGACAUCUUGUGGCGAGAUCAGCUUGAUAAACUACAAGAAAUGGAUGAUAGGUUUACAGUUGUGUACAGGCUGUCGGAACCAGACGACAGUUGGUCGGGCCAGAGAGGCCGAGUGGAUAAGGCGUGCCUCGAAAGCUUUGUGCCAAACAUUUCUGCUAACAAGGAACUGUUCGUCUGCAUCUGCGGUCCGGAUGCAUUCACGGAACUUACGGGACGGUUGCUUGAUGAACUUGGGUGUCCGAGAAACCAGUACCACUGCUUUCAUGGCUGAACAUUCCUACAUCGGCAGAAACUGAGUUGUUCAAAUAUGAAGUGUGCAUUAUUACUGCACACGUUUAUGCCAAUGCUAGGGGGGUAGUUUUCCUAAAUUAUUUUGAAUCUUUAAUUUGGCUGUUAAGCUAGUGAUUUAAUUUGACUAUAUGGUGGAUAGUUUAUAAUUUAUAAUGGUUUUAUCACUUCAAUAAGUGUUAUUGUUUUAAAGAACCUUAAAGACUAAUUGAAUCGCUUAUUUAUGAAAAGGUAUAAGUCAAUUCACUAAAAGUUGUGGGAAUAUGCAAAAAACUAUAUCAUAUCUGUUAUAAGUUUCAUACAUCAAAAUUAAUAUUUUUUUACUACUCUGUACCUAAAUGUCACUACAUUGACAAGUGCAUGCUUUGCAAGUGUUUCAUUACCUGCGAGAAAAAAAUUGUUAAAUAUCACAGACUUAGGCCCUUUUAUAACUUAACCUUGCAAGUCAACAAAACUUAUGUAAUAAAAUAUUCCAAUUGAAAUACAAUGAUGUAAUUCAACCUAGAUAUAGUUCAGUAAACGUGUACACCAUAUUAUUGAACACUUUACGCCAUUUUCACUGACCUUAUAAUGCAUAACAUCACAGGCAUACCCUCUUUAAACAACACCACAAAAGUUAUGUACUAAAGCAUCAUUUCACUUUAAACAACAGUGAUGUAAGACUACACAUUGUUUUGAAAACAUGUACAAAAGGUGUUAAUAUAACUUCACACUUUGUAUGUUAUUAUGUAACAAUGCCUGUUACAAUGGCAUGGUAGCUCAGUCUGUUUGCUUGGUAGGCCACUGGAUAAUCUCAUCGUAGAAGUCUCUGUGUUCACCUGGAACAUAACGGAGAACCUUCUUUAAGUCAAUAAUCUUCUUUGCAUUAAUUGGCACAUUUUUCGCAGGAUACGCCUUUUGAACAGGAAUAGUAGGAUUCAAACUUUUGUCGGAUGAUUGACGAAGCACAAAAGUAUGUGACACAAGGCCGCCAAUGAAUUCGGAAGCAACUACAGUACCUUUAUGGCGACUGUUGUACUGGAACUCUACAAACCUUGAUACAGCAAAGUCUUGCUUCUGGCUUCGCGGAACUGCUUUACUCUGGCUUUCCAAUGAUAAGCAUGUCUUUUUGUAAUGGCUGGGCCACCAAUUCUUGAAGUCCAACACGUCAUCAGAUGUUACCAUGUUGACUGUGAAUUUUCCAGGAACUCCUGCAGAUGUAAUAAGUUGGCAGACCUCCAUGGGUACAUAGUAUCUAUCAGUCUUUUUAAGAACACGUUUCACCAGUGCAAAAUCACGAUCGCAAGCAAGAUAUGAAUGACCACGUAUCGGAAACCGAUGGAUAAUAAUGUCAAAUCUGUUGGUGUCAGUAAGUGAUAACAAGAAUCUUACCAUGCAAUUGUUCUUAUUCUGCCCUCCGCAAGCAUCACUGUAAAGGUGCAGUUCUUUAACACAUGGAGGUACGUUGUCACUUAUGUAUUUGUGGAGAAAAGAGCAUGUUUCAUUUGGCCCUUUAUUUGCCUGCCCUUCGUGAUAUAAAAAUAAACUCGCCUCAUCUGUUUUCAGGUUAUGUAUGGCAAAGGGAAACACCGAAAGCUGGCGAUAGUAAAAAAGCUCUUGUACUGGAAUGCAGGGCAGUGAAAUGUUCUGCAUAUAAUCAAACGUUAACCCUAACACACUAUCAUUGUUUUUGCAAAUGUGUUUCGUGUCUUUCAUGCUUGUGUAAAACUUGUUACUCCUUCUUUCAUGAAUGGCCAGCUCGGCCAUGGCAACUCGCUUAGCACAUUCAUUAAGAUUAGGAUUUUUUAUCUUGACCUUCAGUUGUUCACAUUCUCCACAGGUGUCUAUCUGUGGUCUCCCAAAGUGGAGAUUGAAAUUUUCCCUGAAAAUCUUGUAAUAGAAAGAAUACUUAACUUUACAAUCAGGAAAAUUCUCUUUGAACAGUGUAUGCAUCUUCUUUAUAUCCAACUGCGCAUCAAGAUAUUUAUAUUCUUUGGAUGCAUGGUGGCUUAUCUUGACAGGAAAUGAAGAUAUGUGGUCUUUGAUGGCCUGAACAUCACCAACAGGCACCGACUUCCUAUUGUUUUGUUGGCCUCGCAUGUCUUUUGGAGUUUGUCCACAUAGUAACAAUGUUUGCAGUCUCCUUACCCUCUUGGCAGAUACUCCAUAUAACUGAAUGAAUGCUUUCUUGCACACUUUCACUCUUCGUUCUUGAAUAACUACAUGGAAAGUGAAGGAGGAUGACCUUUUUCCAGACUUGUCACCAUUCCUUGGUCGGCGAUGUUUAAUUGGCACAGCGUCAAGCAAACCUUGAAGAUAGAUGUCUUGCUCAUUCUUGCAUGAAAAGGAAUGUAUAGCAUCAAGUAAUUUCCCUCUCUGUGCAAUGUCAAUCUUGUCAUAGCAUUUUCUUGCACAUCUAAAACAAUAAAAAUAAUUUUUUUAUGAGUCGUGCGAGCUAUUUUAAAUAUUUCCAAAUUAUCAAUAAUAGGUAGUUAACUAAUACAUUUCUACAAACUGAAUUAUGUUUACGUGAGUGAAAUCUGAAAGAUGAAUGAAUAUAAAUCUUAAAAGAAAAUAAUAUGAAGAAUUAGGUUACCUGCACGACUCGGUAGUACUUUUAGUUUUCACAACAUUCCCUCUGUAGUUUGCAUACUCCUUUCCUUGCAGACGAGCUCGUUUAAUUCUUUGACAUUUGUAUUCUUCCACAUUUCGCACACCUUUUUUACGUUUCAUGGAAUGGUUACAAUCAUUUUCCACACAAGUCUUAUUAGACUCCAUUUCACUCAUUUUCUACUAGUAAACAAACCAAAAGUAACUGAAAGUACACAACAAAACAAAUGAUAGCAGAAUAUACCAGCAUGCAACACUGCAUGAUACUGCCAAAGAGGUCGGAAGAGUAUACUGCUAUUUGUUUUCUCUUUGUAACUAGCUGCAAUUAUAUGGUUAUGAAAGGACAUAAGUCCACUGAUUAAUAGCUGUAAUCAUUUGGUUAUGAAAGGACAUAAGUCCACUGACUAAUUCCUUUUCAUAACUAAACUAAAUUUUCUGGCGGUCGGUAAACCCACUUCCAUGCAUCAGACUAGUGCCUUUUAGUAACUAAACGAUGCGUAUACACCCACAGAUUGGCAUCCUGUAUGUAACUCAUUUCUUCAAAAAAGUUGACUUAUGCCCUUUCAUAAAUAAGCGAUUCAAUUUAUUCUUAGAUCCUUGCAUGAAUUGAGAGCAUGAACUAGUUUUUCUCUUCUUAAUUUUGAAUUAACCAUUUGUAUGUUACCUUCAUUGCAAAACUCUUUGUUAAGAUAUCAUUAAUAAAUAAAUAAAAGUUCAGUUUUUCCAAAACAUUGAAAAUUUUAGGUUCAUAGGCUUUUGGGAGAGUCAAUUUUUAUUGUUUUAUGAAUGGAUUUGCAAAAAAAGGCUACAUAAAAACAUUAAUUUAAAAACUUACCAACGAUUACAUGUUUUUUGUUCAUGCUAGUAUCAAAAUGUAGAUAGGUCUUGAACUUUCUCACAACCAUUAAAUAGACACUUAAUAAAUUUAUUUUUUGAUUGUUAUAUUAUGAAUUUAUUUAAGUUCAUGAGAACAACUCAUAGUUGUAGAAGCAUAAUAAUUUAGGAUAAAGCCCUCAAAAGCUUUGUUAUUCACGCCAAUAAGAUUUAUGUGCUCGGCCUAUUUCACAGCAAUUUUAUUGUGAAUGUAUCAUGGAAGAGUACAAAAUUUUACUGUCUGUUUCAAGCUUUAAGAAAUUUGAAUUUUUUGUAAGUAUUAUACAACUUAAUUCUGACAAUCUUAAAGGCUUUAUUAAAUAGGGGUUGCCUAUAUCAAGUAUUAUGUGCUUAAAGGAAAUUUGCAUCUUGUAAAGGUUGUACCAAGUACUUCACAAAUACAUUUUGUAUGAAAGUAAAAAUGUGAGUAUUUUGUGUUUGUACUGUUGCAUAGUGUUUUGUUUUUGAAAUGUUUAUUUAAUUUUAAGAUUAAAUUUAUUGUAUCAUUUGUUGAUUAAUACAAACUCUACCUCA